AUGUUGUCUGACAAAGAAUUGUUCGAUUUAAACAAAAAGGCCGUUUCGGAGGGCUUCAAAAUCAAGCCCAGAAUCAACUACAAUACCGUAGGCGGCGUCAACGGCCCUUUGGUGAUUUUGGACAAUGUUAAGUUUCCUCGUUUCAACGAGAUUGUUAACUUGACUUUGCCUGAUGGCACAGUGCGUGCAGGCCAGGUCUUGGAAGUUCGUGGUCUGAAGGCAAUUGUGCAAGUUUUCGAGGGAACCUCGGGCAUUGAUAUCAAAAAAACAAGAGUCGAGUUCACGGGAGAAAACUUGAAGAUCUCCGUGUCCGAGGAUAUGUUGGGCCGUGUGUUUGAUGGCUCCGGUCGUCCUAUUGACAAGGGCCCCAAAAUUUUCGCCGAGGACUACUUGGAUAUUAACGGAUCCCCAAUCAACCCCUACGCUCGUAUCUACCCAGAGGAAAUGAUCUCCACGGGUGUUUCUGCCAUCGACACAAUGAACUCGAUUGCAAGAGGCCAAAAAAUCCCCAUUUUUUCGGCGUCCGGCUUGCCGCACAACGAAAUCGCCGCCCAAAUUUGUAGACAGGCAGGCUUGGUGAGACCCACUAAGGAUGUUCACGAUGGACACGAGGACAACUUCUCGAUUGUCUUUGCUGCCAUGGGUGUCAACUUGGAAACCUCGAGAUUCUUCAAACAAGACUUUGAGGAAAACGGCUCCUUGGACAGAACGUCGUUGUUCUUGAACUUGGCCAACGACCCCACCAUUGAGAGAAUCAUCACGCCUAGAUUGGCCUUGACCACCGCCGAGUACUUGGCUUACCAGACAGAGAGACACGUCUUGACUAUUUUGACUGAUAUGUCCUCGUACGCCGAUGCAUUGAGAGAGGUUUCUGCCGCCAGAGAGGAGGUUCCGGGCAGAAGAGGCUACCCAGGUUAUAUGUACACUGACUUGUCUACCAUCUACGAGAGAGCCGGUAGAGUUGAAGGUAGAAACGGAUCCAUUACGCAGAUUCCAAUUUUGACUAUGCCUAACGAUGAUAUUACACACCCAAUUCCCGAUUUGACCGGCUACAUUACCGAGGGCCAAAUCUUUGUGGACCGUCAAUUGGACAACAGAGGUAUCUACCCACCAAUCAAUGUAUUGCCUUCUUUGUCUCGUUUGAUGAAGUCUGCUAUUGGUGAGGGCAUGACCAGAAAAGAUCACGGUGAUGUUUCUAACCAGUUGUAUGCAAAGUACGCUAUUGGAAGAGACGCCGCCGCCAUGAAAUCUGUCGUCGGUGAGGAGGCUUUGUCCACUGAGGACAAGUUGGCCUUGGAGUUCUUGGAGAAGUUCGAGAAGAACUUCAUUGCCCAGGGUGCUUACGAGGACAGAUCCAUCUUUGACUCCUUGGAUCUUGCCUGGUCUUUGUUGAGAAUCUUCCCCAAAGAGAUGUUGAACAGAAUCAGUCCUAAAAUCUUGGAUGAGUUCUACGACAGAUCCAGUGAACAGGAUGAAGACGACGAGGAUGACGAGAACCCAGACCAAUCGCACGAUUUAAUCGAUGCCUAG